AUGGUGUCCCUAUCACAGCGAAUGCGCAAACUCCAAACCAAACUCCUCGCGAUACGACUCGGACCGGGCGCCGUGGUGCUCCCCAAAGAAGUGAAACGGAUACACCUACGCUUUGCGCCUAAAAUCAAUGGAGGGCAUAUGGGACCUAGGAGGUUCUGGCGGCAAGAACUCAUUCGAUUAAAAUACCACAAUCCGGCAGUCGCCAUGACGGUCGAUCGAGACAUAGAACAAACCGAUCCAGCGACAAUGUCCGUACAUUUCGCGCCAGAGGAUGCGAGUCAAACAUCAGGAAGCGCGACAGCUUCGUCAGCGCCGUCAACACAGACGGAGAGGGUGGAGACGAUCAAUAUGAAGAAUUAUACCAAUUCUGAGAUAUUAGAUGCUUUGGUUCAGUUGACGAAGGCGUAUCCCGUGGAACCAACGCCUGAGGAGCGGGAAGAGUUGGCGAAGUUGGAGGAACAGAGGAGAAAGAGCGAGAAGGAUAGUAAGCUAUCACAAGAAGUGCGAGCGAGAGUGAAGAGGGAGAAGGAGUUGCUUGAGCAGGCUAGGGGAGAUGUUGCAACACAGGCUGCGUAG